UCGAGACCGGAGGAGCAGUGCUUGUUUUUUUGGAAGUCCGAGGUGCGUCGGUGGCAACAUGGUCCUGGGCAUGGGCGCGACGUCCUGGGCGGUCCUGGGGAUGCUUCUGUGCGGAAGCACUGCCACAGUUCUGGAUCUCGGCAAUAUGCUAAAACUUAUGACGGACAGAAAUCCUCUUGAUUUUCUCAAUUACGGAAAUUGGUGUGGCCUGGGUGGCAAUGGAUACCCUAUGGACGACAUUGACAGUUGCUGCCGGCAGCAUGACUUUUGCUACGACAAGGCAUCGGAUUCCGUGUGCUUGGAUGAAAAGCCACACGUUGCCAAAUAUAGGUGGAAAUACGCGGCUGGAAAACUUCACUGCAACAAAGGGGAUUACGGCUGCGGUUUGGCUACUUGUCGGUGUGAUGCCAAGUUUGCUGCAUGUGUUCAAGUGUACAAAGCUAGCUACGACCCGCGGAACAAAAGGGCGAGACAGCCGCUGUUGAAUCUCUUGUCGAAUGUCAUGGUGCAAUGGAAUGCCAACCGAUGAACCUGCGAAAACUCAUGUUCAAAGUUCAUGAAAACAUCGUUCCACUUUUUUUCAUGAAUGGACAAUUAUCUUUCAUUCAAUGAACUCAUUUUUAACCAGUGCUGGAUUUAAGGGGGAGCAAACUGGGGGCACUUGCCCCUGGCGGCAACUUUUGAGGGGCGAAAAAUUCUCCCUAAUGUGUUUUUUCGUUGAAACUCGAUGUAAAAAGGUGAGGGAAGAUAGGUAAGGGCGGGGCACUCUUUAGAUUUUGCUCCGACUCGGGAAAAUUGUAGAUCCAGCAUUGAUUUUAACUGUAAUCUAUUCACGGAAAAAAUAGACCAGAAGUAAACAAACGGGUUGCCAGAAGGUUUGCCUCUAUGCAUCUUUUGUGGAUUUUCACAGGAAUAAAAAAUGUUAACCAAUAGUAUUUAUAUUCGCUGAUCAUGUGAUUGAGGUUACCAAAUGGCGCAUUUUUUUGUUUACAUUUAGUCUUUCUUUCCCGUGAAAGCCGUGUUAUACAUCUACUGUUUGGCUUUCACGAGAAAAGCUCCCGCCGUCAAGUCUGAGCCCGUCUACUGCCAUAGAAACGGACUUCGUUCAUUUUCUGCAAGGGUUAGCAGGAAGACUUUUUGGUGCCAUUUCACCACUCGUCUGCUCGCCUUUGUGCAGUCGUACGGGUUUUUCCAACAUUAAGCUUCCCUUGGAAAAAUGAGACGCGCCUCGUUACUAUAGCAGUAGACAGGUGCAGACAUUUCGGCAGUAGCUUUUCUUGUGAUGGUCGGGACACUAUGUAUUCAUUGUAUAAAUGAAGAAGGACAAUAUCUGUUUUUAUGCAGAAAAAGAAUUAAAACAUGACUGAAACACAAAUUGCAAAAAUAUAUCAUGUACAUUAAUAACAUGUGUCUAUGAUGGGAGGAGAGAGGAGUCUGCCCCUUUUUCGAAAUCUUCUAUUGAAAGAAUAAUACAGUAGGGAAACUUUUAAGGUAACUAUUAUUGUGAAAUGGAAUGCUUAACGUACGGAGCACGUUUUACAAAAAAUUAUACCGAGAAAUUAUGUGACCGAAGUAGUUUUACUACCAAACAUUUACAGUGAUACAUGAUUUUACGGUAAACGUAUCAUGGCAACACGGAUGACAGUACUUUUCGCUGUAGGGAGCCACCGCACACCAACGAGGUAUGGUUCAUACCAUUCGUCACGGAGCUUCUGACUCUCAUAUUAGCCGCGUUUACACUUUACAUGAUACUUUUGUACCUCUCGUUUCCCCGCUCCAACUCCGAAAAAAAACCGGUUGGAAAUUACACCAUUGGCAUGAAAAAAAAAAAAAAAGUUGUAUCCUGAACAAUAAAAAUGAUUCAGAAACGUUCUUGGAAAAUAACGGGCAGCUGAUGUGCCUAAUUUGUGCCAGUAAUGUAGCUUGCCAAAACCAGGAACGUUUUCCGCUAAAAGUCAGUAACCUUCUGGAAAUUCUUGAAUCUUUUUGAAGAAUUUGGAAAUAUCCCCGGUUAUAAAGCCAGUCUGGAAUCUUCAAGGGAAAUUAGGUAGAGUUAAUGUAAUUGAUUAGAACCUUCCUGAUUUAAUAAGAAAGCUCCAGUAGCACCAAUGCAAAUAUGGUCAAAGCUAAGACAGAAUUGCAAGUAAGAGCCAAUAUAUCUCCCUUGCCUGCAAUUCUUGCCUUGCAAAGUUGCAGCUCUCCAGAUACUUAUUCACUCUUAUUGGAAACUUAGUCAAUCUGGACGGACCGUAAAACCGAUUAUAUAUACUAAUUCAACACGCUCAGUCAAUCUUUAAACCGGCCAUUUUCAUGCUGAAGAAUGUAGGGUUUUUGCUUGCAAAAUAUUUCUGCAGCUGCUUGGAGGACAUUGAAAAGCAACAAGUUUGAGAGAGAAAAUGCAACAAUCUCCCAUACUUAAAAAGAAAACAUAUGAGGCAGUGAAAAGCAAAGGGAUGUAAGUGUUAUUUUUAAAGUUUCGAAUAAAAUUCGUUUAAAGUUCAUACAUAGGCUUUUAUUAAUUUUUUUUUCUAAAUCAUGCUGUAUAGCAGCAUCACCAGAGCUUCUAGUACCAUCUCUUGCCUUAAAACAAAGGAGAGGUACCAUUUGGACUGAUUAUCUCCAAAUUUUUAAUUUUGGCACUUACAUCCCUUUUGCUUCUCACUGCGUCGUAUUAUGAAAAUACUGUCGAGAUGCUAUAAAAUGUUUACUAUGUGCAGUUAAUUGCCUCUUCGUUGUUUUGUAGACAUUAGGCCCCACCCCCUCCCGGCUUUGAAAAAAUGACGUUAGGGGGUUUUUUUCGAUACAAUAUCCACUGUGUUUUUACCCAUUGACUCCCCGAGAAAACUUAAAGAGCCUGGCCCAGGGACGCCAGAACGUAAAAUUUUGGAACAGGAAAAAUUCUUAAUUUGCCGAAUGAUAAAAUACGAGUAUGCAAACAUCCGUACAUCUAGUGAAAAGGGACAUUCGGACAUUUAAAAAUUUUGAUAUUGCAAUCAUUUUUCCGAAUUUGCUGAAUCGUCAGUAAAAGUUUGCCGAAUUAUGAAAUUUUUGCAAGGUCCCAAUGAUUUCCGACCGAAGCGACCCUAAUCAGGCUUGGUUGACACGUCCUGUUCCUGUUUGACACUUAUUUGAUAUUUUGGCACAAGCUCUCUGGAAUGGAUUGUGACUGCAGUGAGAUCUUAGGUCGUUUCGUGAAGUUGAAAGAUUUUGUAGCACCAAAAGAAAUAAAUUUCUGUGUUAAUCUUACAGUUGAUUUUCACCAUUGGAUUCACCUCUUAAAGAAGUACCAAUGAAUAUUUGUGUCACUUAGUCAAUUGUAUUGAAGUGUGUAGAAGAAGAAAAGAUUUACGCUAUUGAUGUAGAUUUCAAAGGAACCAAUAAUAGCGUUAAAGUAAAUGCAUUAAACGGAUUAAUUUUAGCUGGGAAAUUGACUGGAUAAAGGAAUUUCUAACGGAAAGGAAAAUUUAUGCCCUUGGGAGGCGUGAUCUCCAAUCUUUUGAAACUUUUUCGUGGGUUUCUACAAUGAGCCAUUUUAUCUCCAAUGAUUUUCAACCUGUACCUGUCGGACUUAGAGCAACAUUUCCGUGACUGCAAAUUUUUUAUUUUUCAAUUUUAUUUAUUUAUUUAUUUAUUUAUUUUUUCAUUUUUGUCGUCAAUGGUACGUUAGCUUUGUUGCACAAGCUUGCUUAUUUUGUUUCCGCUGAAAAAAAACAAGCAUAAAAAAAGUCUAAUUCCAACAUUUUCCUAUUAUUAGUAUUGAAUCCAAAACACGAUUCUUCAAAUGGGCAAUUCCAUCGUCACGUGCGGGACAAAAAGACGCUUAAAUUUCAUUAACAUUUUGUCAUAUCUCUUAAUAUUUUGACUAGACAGGGGAAAGCAAAUUUUUUUUAAUUUUUACAUUUGAUACAAAGAUACUUCUGACACAGUUAUAUUUUUGUUAAACAAUUUUGUUAUUUAAAAUUUAAUUCAUUUUCAUGCGUCACGUGCGAGACAUCCAAAGUCAACCUUUUAUAACUUGCGAAUGAAUUAGUUAAUAUUUUUGCUCUAUUAAUACACUAACGUUAAUAUAAAUUGGAUUUUGAGAGAGGUUCUAAUGUAAAGGAAACAUAUUUCAUUUGUUGAGAAACAAUAGUUUAAACCAUUGAAAAAAAAAAUAUGUAUUGGUCCAUUCCGUGAAACAGUAGUCACUUUGUCUCGCACGUGACGGUUCAUAUAUUUCAUUAAAAAGUAAUUAUUUAAAAAAGUCAUGACGAAAUAUUUUGCUUAAGGAAUCACACAUAAGUUUGUCAUUUGUUGAGCAAUAAAAUUUUUAUGAUUACCCUUUUGAAUUAUUAUCUUAAAUAAAAUAUAUAACGCGUCACGUGCGGGACAAAAUUAUCGUUUUCCGUGGAAUGGCCCAAAUAUCUCCAAAACUCAUUUCUGCAGAUAAUGCCGUUUGCCUGCCCACAGCAAAAUGUAUCACCAGCUUAAAAAUAGUUACGUAAUCGUCUAGUAGUUAAUAAUAUGCUGCGGAAGAACUUUUCGACAAAAGACUAAAGGUAAUUGCAAACAAACAUGAACUGUGCAUAAUGAAGAGUCGAACUUUUUGUGAGGAAAAAUAAAGAACCGACCAAAAACUUCUUCCAUCAAAAAACGAAAAAAUUCUUGGAGUUUUAAGUAUAAAGUACUGGGAGUAACAUGGCAAAAUAACUUAUAGAAUAAGCAUGAUACAGAAUCUUCAGAGAAAAAAUAAAUCAUAGGUGUCAAAUUCAGGCAAAAAGAAAAAUUUUACCUUUAUAAGCCUCCGAAGUUUUUGAAUUUAACAUGACUUGAAAUUCAGAAAGAAGUGAAUUACUGGCAUAUUUCUGCUGUUCCCGAAACAUUCCUGGCCCGAGAUACAGCCCGCCACAGAUGGCAACAAUUGGCGCUAAUUAUCACUUAGGAUUUCCGACAAAAAUUUCAAACUGCUUCAUAUGCGGAAUGGUGCACAAUUUUUGGUGCUAUUUUAUAUUUGAAAGAUAAUCAUUUUCUCUAAGAAGAAUGCCCCAUUUGGAAAUGUGAGUUUAAUUUUCCUGCUACAGCCAGCGUUUUGAAAAAAUUAGUUUUAAACAUAUUUUUUAAAAAAUUUCCAAACCUUCCAAUUUCAAGAUUUUUGAUUUCUUUCUUUUUUUUUAAAUUUUAAAUCAGUGUCAUUGAGUGCUACUUCCCUGAAAAGAAGAGCCUCAGGUUUGUAGUUCAAUGGGUUUUAGAGACUUUUCUGGAACUAUAUAAAAGGAGACUUGAAAAGUCAAAGUUUUAUUUAGUAGCGAGUGGCCAACAGACACCUUUAAUUUAGUUUUUAUAGCCUCAUUUUCAUUUUCAGCUGCCGCUUCAUCCCGAAAUUUUAAUUUUUAUGAAAACAAGAGUGCAGUCUCAGCCGAUUUGCCAAUCGAAAACUUUCUUUUUGCAUAACCUUUUAGCGUAGUGCCUCCUUUAGAGUAUAGACUCCUUUAGCAUAGGGCCUUCUUGUUUUCACAAAGAUUGUGAUCCUCAAAAAAGUCAGGGGCGACCCUAAUCAGGCCUGGUGGACAUUUCCUGUUCCAGUUUGACACUUAUUUGAUAUUUUGGCACAAGCCCUCUGGAGUGGAUUGAGACUACACUCUGCAGUGAGAUCUUAGGUCGUUUGGUGUAGUCGAAACAUUUUGUAGGACCAAAAGAAAUAGAUUUAUGUGUUAAUCUUCAGACUACUAUUUCAGGCCAUUUUCAUGCUUAAGAAUGUAGGGUUUUUGCUCGCAAAAUAUUUCUGAAGCUGCUUGGAGGUCAUUGAAAAGCACUAAAUUGACCAGGAAUGAAGCACCUAGUAGGGUAUACGAGCCGAAUUAUUUUCAUAAACUAAUUAAUUCCAUAAGCACUGAUUAAUUUCAUAAUCUAAAUUAAUUUCACACUACUAGUAACUAAUUAAUUUCAUACUACUAGUAACUAAUUAACUUCAUACUACUAAUUACUAAUCAGUUUCACUUAUAAACUAAUAAAAUUUCAUAAGCAAUGAAAGGCAAUAGCAUUUCAGGCAUUCCCUCCUAAAAAUAAGUGAAUUGAAAAUAUUAUUACAAUCCUAUACAUUUUUUUCAUGUAUACAUUUUGUUCAUUUACAUAGUAUUUGAACACAAUAUGAAUAAAUCAAUAACAGGAAAUAUCCAACGCUGUUUGCGCAAGAUAAUAUUGUCGGCGGUUACGGGGCCUGAACCUCAUAUCCCUCCUUUUGUAUCC